CCGAGCCCACUCGGUCGCUAUGCUUUCCGUUGCACGCAUAUCUCCUUUGGUGCGACAUAUCCAGCGGGCUGAAUUCACCACGAAGAGCUUGAGGUCUGAGCUUACAGCGGCUCUGCGGAACGAUAACUAUCGAAGCCCCAGCUAUGCGCGGUUCGCGAGUACCACUGGUCGCAGAGCACCGCGACGACCGCGCCUGAGGAUUACACGGGACCCAGAGACGAGCGAAAAGCAUGUCGAAGCCGACGCGGGUGUGUUCCAGCCGAUCAACAUUGGCCCGCAGCUCCCAUCGUUCUCGAGCUCGGGCUUGCGGGACGCGGCGAUUACGACUAUGGUGGGGUUGAUGAUAGUCUUUGUCGGCGGGGUGGCGUACGUAUCCUGGUACAAGAAGAACGUGCUCGACAAGAUCGAGAAGGCGUUCUCUGCGGGGUACGACCCCGCGCUCGAGCUCGCGAACCACGGGAAACGCAGCGCUGAGCGCCCCAUUCCGUACGACGAGUUCGAGGUCGACAAUGACGUGCCCUGGACGGAGCAUAUGCGCCGGAAAGAGCAGGACCUCAUCGACCGCGUGAUCAAGGGUAGGGAGACUGGACAUUAUUUCGUCUUGCUCGGCCCUAAGGGUGUGGGUAAGACUACGAUGAUAUUUGACGCUAUCCAGACUAUACAGGCGGAUGGUGUCGCGUUCUGCGAUGCCCAUCCAGAUCUGGAGGUGUUCCGCCUUCGCCUGGGCAAAGCGCUGAACUUCGAAUUCUACGAGGACUCGCAGACUGGGUUAUUCCAGCGGAGAGACCCGCGAGAAGGCGGACCGGCAUUGGACAUUGAGAGAGCGAUGAAUAAGGUCGAAAAGGUCGCGCUCCGAUGCUCGGAGAAGAGAAGGAAGCCACUGGUGCUUGUCUUCAAUAAUAUCCACUUUUUCCACAACGACGAGGAGGGCAGGAAUAUGCUUUUGCUUUUGCAACAACACGCCGAGUCGUGGGCUGCGAGUGGCAUCCUUACCGUUGUUUUCACUAGUGACGACUUCUGGCCUUACCAAGUGCUGAGAAAAUCGGGCAGUCGUAUGCAGGUGCUUUCUAUCUACGACCUAGAUCAACGCGAGGCCCUGCGUGCUUCAACCAAAAUGCGCAUGGACGCGAAGCAGCCGUCGCCAGGCGAGAAGGUCGUGCGCGAGGCACUGGGGAUCAUCGGCGGACGCCUCUCGUACCUGAACAAAGUCUCGCGGGCUCGGGACAUGCUCGGCGCGGCUAAUCACCUGAAAGACGUCGAGAAGGCUUGGCUGUUGAGUCAGAUUGGGCUCAUCCCUGAUUGCGACGACGACGUCAUGGAUGAGCAAAAAUGGAGCUCUUGUACAUGGCUUCUGUUAAGAGAGUUCGUGAAGCUGAGACGUGAACAAGAGCGGGAACGAGCAGAAAAGCUCGCCGCCGGGGAACAAGUAGGAGAUAAUAUCCCAUUGCCUUCCAUACCUUAUUGGAAAUGCAGAGAGAUUAUGACUAGAGCAGAUUUCAUGGAAGACUUGGACCGAGCAAAUAUCAUCGCCAUCGAUGUCCACCACGACGUCCGCCCCGACUCUGAACUUAUCCUGCACGCCGCAUGCGACGUAGUCGAGCAAGAAGGGUUUGACGAGCUGCUUGACGAUGUUCGUGACAGGAUCGACGAAAUCGAAGGACUGCAUCGCACGAGGGAAUUGACGUUCAAAGACCUUGACAAAGGCGAUAGAAUCAAGCUGUCCGUGGACAAGAGCGGGACUUCUAUCGUUGAGAGCUGACAUAUACACUAUGCUCGUCUGUAGCAGUUAUUGGACAAUGCAGCCGUCGUUCUCGC